GCACCCCGGAUGGCAAGCCGGACCGUGUUCACUUCAGCGAGCUCCAGGGGCUUUUGCAUGCGACCUAUGAUUCUCUGGCCAACUACAUGGAGUUCAUCGGUAUGGACGAGCAGAAUCUUGAAGACUCCUUCAUGAUUCCGUGCAUGGAGCUUUGUCAGCUCACGGUGAAGAGCCUGCCGAGCAACCAUGUACCACCCGCAUCCGACUGGGCCUGCUAUGACACCUCCACAGGGAUACACUGUGACAUCGAUGUCUCGAACGACGCAUUCGAAGGAAUCACCUUUGAAACUCACAUUAAUUCAGGAGGAAGCAAGUAUGGAGAGAGACCGGUGUCUUUGAAUACAUCGCAGUUGGACCGUAAUGUCUAUUUCCGGCCCGAUCUGGUCUAUGUGGAUCCGGAUGCCGCCGCAACUACGACCCACGUGUCGGACGAGGUGGGCUUGGACCAGAUGCGCAUCAGCAUUGCUAACCUCUUCCGCAUCUAUCCUCCCUUCCAGGUAGAGUUCGAG